CUGGCAGUGAAGGAUACACAUUGGGAGUUUGGUUCCUCCUAAUUUUUGUAGUAAGAAGCAGAAGGGACAAUUAACUAAGGGAACCUAGAGGAAUGGAUUUUUGUGGAGACUGGCUGUAGGUGGAGACUGGCUGUUGGAUUUACAUACGGAAGAUGUGCAUAUCUAUAAAUAUGAGAGGUGCUCACAACAGCACUGGUGCCAGUUAGGCAAACGAAGAAGGUGACACGACACUAAAACGGCCACUCUUGUGUAUGAUUUAUUACUCACUCUUGGGAGCAGAGGAAGCUACUUAGGAAAGGGUAUACCUCAUAUUGAAGAAGACAUAUCCCUUCAUACAGAAGUUAUAGAGUGAAAUAUCUGUAGAGCAUUCUGAAUCAUUUUUAAUUGGGGACAUUGUCACUGUCCACUACCAUGGCUUUUCUGUCGCAUCUGUUCCAACGAAAGAAGAAGAAGAAACCACAGCCCUUCUUCAGGAGAGGAACUUUUCAGAAGCCUAACAAUCUCCGCCAACAGAACUACCACACUUUGCUGGAGGAGUGCCUCAAGAAAAGUUGCUUGUUUGAGGAUGAGUUCUUUCCGGCAGAUGUUAGAUCCAUUGGAACAGGGUCGUUACUCCAGAAACUACCCCAGAAGAUACAGUGGAAGAGGCCACCUGAGCUGCAUAAGAACCCAGUGUUUUAUUCCACACACACCAAACGGCUUGCAAUAUGUCAAGGACUGAUAGAGGACUGCUGGUUUUUGGCUGCCUUAGAAGCUUCAACAUUUCAGCCAGACAUCUUAUCUAACAUGGUGCCACAGAACCAAAGCUUUGAGAAGAAGAAGUAUGCUGGGAUUUUUCAUUUCAAGUUCUGGCAUUUUGGCGAAUGGGUUGAUGUAGCGGUAGAUGACCGACUGCCUGUAAAUGAGGCUGGACAGCUUGUUUUUCUCUCUUCUGUUUAUAAGAACCUGUUCUGGGGAGCUCUUCUGGAAAAGGCUUAUGCCAAGCUGUGUGGCUCCUAUGAAGAUCUUCAGAUUGGGCAGGUGUCAGAAGCUCUGGUAGACUUCACAGGAGGCGUUAACAUAACCAUAAAGCUGGCUGAUGCUCCAUCUGAUCUCUGGCAUAUCUUGACCAGAGCAAUCUACAGCAGAUCUCUGAUAGGCUGCCAGACCCAUUCAGGGCCAAGACGUGUCCUUCCAAAUGGAUUAGUGGCUGGCCAUGCCUACACAGUGACUGGCAUACGAAAAGUGACUUGCAAACAUGGACAUGAAAAUUUGGUAAGGCUAAGAAAUCCCUGGGGGAAGGUUGAAUGGAAAGGUGACUGGAGUGACAGCUCUGGGAAAUGGGAGCUACUGAGUCCAAAGGAGAAGAUUUUGCUGCGCAGAAAUUAUGACGAUGGAGAGUUCUGGAUGUCUGUGCAAGAUUUUAAAACCCAUUUUGUUGAUCUGAUGAUCUGCAAAUUAACCCCUGAUCUGAUGAGUCAAGAAGAUGGGAAGAAGUGGAUGUGCUCAAUGCAGUUUGGUGCAUGGGUCAAAGGAAGCACAGCCGGGGGCAGAAAACAAUCCCACAAAGAUACAUUUUGGAUAAAUCCCCAGUACCAGCUGAAAGUUAUGCAAGGCAACGUGAGCAAAAGAUCCAUGUACUCUUGCAGUGUGUUUAUAUGUCUGAUCCAAAAGCGCAACAGUAAACACCGGAAUUGGAUGCCUCAUCUUCACAUAGGCCUCUCUAUCUAUAAGGUAGGUGGAUACCAUGAAAAUAAUAAAAAACUACCUCGUGAAUUCUUUGCUCAGAAUACACCUUUGCAUAGCUCACCUUUAGUGAAUGAUCGUGAAGUGACUCUAGAUUGCCGGCUGCAUCCUGGGGUCUAUGUCAUUGUUCCCUCCACCUCGGAACCCCAUCAAGAAUCUGAAUUCAUCUUGCGAGUCUUCUCCAGAAAGCACAGCCUUCAUGAAUUGGGUAGAGAUUCAAGUUUGGUCCUUUCGAAGGAGAUAGUUGACAAAUGUGAAGACAAAGUCUGGGAUGAUUUCUUCACCAAGUACUUUGAUCUACAUCCUGAAAUAAACCCAUUCCAGCUGCAGAUGAUCUUAAACAACGUGUCCUGGACAAGUCUUCAGAACUAUGGGCUGAGAUUUAAUUUAGAUCCCUGUCGGAGUAUCCUAGCCCUCCUAGAUCUUAAUAGUACCGGCACUCUGAGCAUUCAAGAAUUCAGAUUCCUUUGGAAGAAGCUGCUUCUUUACGAGCAAGUUUUCCGGGAAAAAGAUGCACACCAAGAAGGAGCCUUGGACCAAGAGGAGUCACAUGCGGCCAUGCAAGAAAUAGGAAUCUCCCUCAGCAAGGAGCUCUGUAAACUGUUAGUAGUCCGAUACGGGAACUCUAGCCUGAAAAUCAGCUUUGAGAGCUUUGUCUGCUUCAUGCUCCGUGUGGAACUCAUGAGGGAGGCCUUUCACAACACAAGCCGAGAUGGCAAAGGGAUAUAUCUUCAAGAGGCUGAGUGGAUGAUGAUGACUCUCUAUUCAUGAUGCAAAGCAAAGGUGAAGAGUUGAAUCAAGCUUCAUUAGUGCUUCAAGAGACUGGCAUUUGCUCAUCAAUUUUUCUGCAUAUGGUGGCUGCUAUUUUGAGCCCAACCUUGUUAUUCUUUUGGAAUUUGGAGCCAUUUCAUUAACGAUGAGUAGCUCUGCUGUUGUUUUCAGGGCUUGCUUAUGAGUUACAGUAUGGAUUUUGUAAGUGACUGGAAAACACAAGAUCAUGUCUUUAGCACACUGGUUGAUCUUCCUGAAAGAGUGAGGACAGCAAGUCAGUGAACAAGCACAAUUGUCUUGUAAGGGCUGAUGAAGUAGCCUGCAAAAAUUGUGGUUUACCUAUCACAUUGUGAUAGUUAGAAAGACUGCCUUCCCCAACCUUUUGCUGGCUGGUCCAGGUAUGGUUAUAUUGGGAGGCUUUGGGGAGGUGGGGUUUUUAAACUGCGUUUUGUGUGUGUUGACCCCCCUGUUGACUUAUAUAUGUAUUUACUAUAGCUAUUUUUGCUUCCUGAUUGUAUUAUUUCUUAUUUUGGUGGGGAGCUACCCCAUUUUCGGCUGUGACAUGGAUUCUCACAAGCACAAACAGGAUUCCUCUCAUGGAGAAGAGCUAUCCUGUUCUCUCCUUCCUGCUGCAACCCUCUGUGCAACCUGAAAAACUAAUCCUGAAGGCCAGGGGAAUCUUUGGAGAUGUUGUGGGAUCUGCUCUGGGGUGGGUUGCAUAGAAGCGGAGUCAGCAGGAAUCACCGACUCCCCUCUUUGAGUGAGGAGACUUGCCAGUUCUGGGUCCCUUUGGACCUAUUGUUUAGUGAUGCUGAUAUAUUUUGUUCUCCUUUUGAUUUUUAUUGAUGCUUUGUUGUUUUGGAUUAUUUCAGGGUUGUUGUUUUUUUUAAACUUAUACUUAAAAAGAAUAGGAUUUUAAAAACAAAUAUAUAAAGUCUCACUAUAGGUGGUAUAGUUAACACCUAUAGUAAAACAAUAGUAGGAUUUUAAAAUAAAUAAACAUUUCAUUAUAGGUGAUAACUCACUUAUACAGUAGAUAGGCACUAUAAGCCAACCUAUAAGUGGCAUAACUCACAGUAUAAUAAAUAAAUAAAUGUCUCAUUAUAGGUUGUAAAAGGCAGAGAGAGGGUGCCCUGUUCACAAUAAGUCCAAAAACAUAAGGAAAGGAAGGUAUCUUUGGGAGUUGCUACCUGUAUAUAUGUUUUUCUGGAGGGCUGUCAAAACACUUUUUUGUAUAUAAAGCAUAGAACACCUGUGCUUGCAAUACCGGUCUAUGAGACAAACAUUCAGUAGGUGUACUCUUCACUGUAUCUCCACACUCGGAAAAGGACCUGCUGUCGAAUUUCUGCCUGUCAUGCAGCUGUUAAAGGCAUAAAGCCCUGCAAAGAAAAAAUGUUGGCAGUAAGUUUUGCCCUUAUAUAUUUCUCUCUAAGUUGAUAUUUAGCGGCUAGAAUUAAGUAGCUGGGCUACUUAAGUGUACAGUAUUUUAUUUUAUUUUAUUUAUACUAUUAUUUAUAUUAUUUUUAAUGAAUACAUGGUUACUUAGCUUACACUAUUGAAUAACAUAGGAUAGAUAAUGAAAGCAGAUAGAAAAGAAUGUGUAUACCUCCUUAGGCUAAAAAACAUUUGGGGGGAAACAGACAGUGGACAGAUACCACCGUCUUAUCUCUUUUGCUGAAGUGCGGGAGGGGGAUAUAUAAAUCUGUAAAUAAAUGACUUGAAUUUUACCCUACAAAACUAGCCCUUAAAUACAGUUUUGAAUAUCUUGCACAAGUUGUCAAGUAAGUCACAUUUGGAAGUUGUUAUAGCCAGGGUAAUGCAUCGUACAAUGCUUGGAUGGUUUAUGUAUCAUAUUUUAUUUAUAUAUAUGCACUAUCUUUUUAAAUGCAAUGCAUUGUAAUUGCAGCAGUAUUGUGUAUUUCUUGGUUACUCACCCUUCAGAAUUUAUUUUUUGCUGUGUAGCAAUAAGCUUUUUAUCAUGCAAACCGGCCCAGAACUCUGUGACUCACCAUUCUGAAACUGUAAAGAGGCAUUUUAUUGGAAUCAUUACACCUAAACAUGUGCAAUUCAAGCUCCGUUUUGUGGCUCACAAUAAACUUUUUUUUUUAAUGGUG